AGUAGGGUCCUGAUCACACAUUUGCACUUAAGCUCCUCCACAUGGUCAGAGGCAGCAGAGAGGAUGUCACAGCUGCUAUUGAAAUGGCUGAAGAUUGUCAACUUCUUUGGCUGAACAACAGAGAUGGUCCUUGCGAACCCUGUUCCAUCAAUAUUUGCUUUGUUUCCUCCUUUAUUUUGGUUGGCUCUAAUUUUUAUCGGGUCUGUGUAAUGUUUAACAUCUCUAAUUAAGCAGAAGAUGAUGAAGCAGUAUAAGUAACAGUGUGGGGAACAGCACGGUCAGCUGAAUGCAACGGGGCUUCUGAUUUUAACAAUUUGAAAAGAAGAUGAAGUUUCUCCAGUGCCUGUGUUUACUCCUUGCUGCUCUUUGUGCUGUAACCCAUUGCUGCCCUGAAGAGAUUUGCCAUGAAGUCAACAAUACUAAUCUGCAAGAUGGAAGAGAAAAUUUAUUAACAUAUAGCUGUGAAAAGAAAGGUUCUAACCAUCCAGAUUUUGUAUUUAGAUUUUACAAGCAGGUUUCAUCAAAAGAAGCUGAUAAAAAUGUGUUCUUUUCUCCUAUGAGCAUCUCCACUGCCUUUGCCAUGCUGGCUGUUGGUGCUAAAUCAACGACUCUCUCUCAGAUUUUUGAAGGACUGGGCUUUGAUGACCUGACUGAAACUCGCAUAAAUUAUGUACAUGAAAGUUUUCACAAAGUUUUGUCAGUACUGAACUGUGCUGAUGUUAACAUCACAUUAAAUAUAGGGAAUGCCCUUUUCACAGCGACUGGGUAUGAACCACAGGAGUUGUUUCUACAAAAUACCAAAAAAUUUUAUGAUGCAGAUGUUUUCUCCAGUGAUUUUCAUAAACCAGAAGAAGCUACAAAGCAAAUCAAUAAAUAUGUAGAAGACAAAACUAAGGGGAAAAUUCCUGAAUUAGUUGGUCAUCUUGAUCCAAGUACUGUGCUGGUUCUUGUUAAUUAUAUUUACUUUAAAGCUGCCUGGGAAAUGUCUUUCGAUCCUUUGCGCACACAUGAGGAUGAUUUUUUUGUGAACCCAAAUGCAUCUGUUAGAGUCAACAUGAUGCAGCAUGAUGGUAUCUCAAAGGUUUACUAUGACCAGGAGCUCUCCUGUGUGGUGGUAGAGCUUCCUUACCAGGGCACUGCACGAGCAUUGCUUGUUCUGCCUGAUGAUGGAAAGAUGAAGCAAGUGGAAGAUGCUCUCUCCAAGGAAACAGUUUGUAAAUGGGACAGCAAACUUGUGACCAGGAGAUUAAAUCUGCAGUUGCCAAAGUUUUCUAUUAGUGGGUCUUACGAUGUUAAAACCCUGUUUGAGCAAAUGGGCAUUACUGAAGUGUUCUCAGGUAAUGCUGAUCUGUCUGGAAUUAGUGGCAACCACAAUCUCCAGGUUUCACAAGCAAUUCACAAGGCCUUGCUGGAAGUUGAUGAGGCUGGAACUGAAGCUGCAGGAGCCACUGCCAUCAUCUUUACCAGAGUUUCGUUUACUUCUCAUGCCAUCAAAUUCAACAGGCCCUUCCUUAUUUUGAUCUCUGACAAACAAACUGGCAUCACACUUUUCAUGGGGAAAAUUGUUGAUCCUACUAAGGAGUAAUAGCUGAGUUAUUUGGCACAGUGAUACUGUAUAUGGGUUAUAAUGGCUACAGCACUUGCAGUUUUGGGCUAGGUAGUGCUGCUAACUAGUCUCUGAUUGAGGGAUAUUCAGAAGUAAAUAAGAAAUUUUCUAACAAAAUUAAUAAGGAAAAAACAUUGUAAAAAAUCACCAUCAACUGACACUUUUUAAAUGUAACAUUUUCCCCAGCUGAAUAAUUGUAUUGGGUUUGGAUGGUAAGGUUUUGGUAGUGGGGGCCUGUGGGAGGCCUGUGAGGGGGCCUGUAGGGGUGACUUCACUCAGCAGCUGCCACAAGUUUCCCCCGUAUCAGACAGAGCCACUGCCAGUCAGCUCCAAGGUGGAUCUGCUGCUGCUGAAGGCUCAGCCAAUCAAGAAUGACAGUAACACCUCUGCGGUGACAUAUUUGAGAAGGGAAUAAAGUUAUUUUGCAGAAGUAAUUGAGGCCAGAGGAGUUCAGAGUGAGAAUAAAUGACGGAAAUCAUCCUCCAGAUACCCAGGUCAGUGCAGAACUAGGGGAGGAGGUGCCUCAGGUGCCAAAGCAAAGAUCCACCUGCAGGCUGUGGUACAGCCCAGGGUGAGCAGGCUGUCACCAUGCAGCCCAUGGAGGUCCAGGGGAGAGCCGGGAUCCGCCUACAGCCCAUGGAGAGGCCCACUCAGAGUAGGUGCAUGUCCAAACGAAAACUGUGACCCCAUGGGAAGCCCACACUGGAGUAAGCUCCUGGCAGGACCUGCACACCCAUGGAGAGAGGAGCCCACUCCAGAGCCUGAAGGAGCACUCAGGGCCUGAAGGACUGCAUCCUGUGGAAGGGACCACAAUGGAGCAGCCUGGGCCUGAAGGGCUGCAUCCUGUGGGAGGGCCCACAAUGGAGCAGCCUGGGCCUGAAGGACUGCAUUCUGUGGAAGGGAGCCUCAAUGGAGCAGUUCAUAAAAAGCUGUAGUCCAUGGGAAGGGCUCAUGCUGGAGAAGUUUGUGGAGGACUAUCUGCUGUGUGAGGGACCCCAAACUGGAGCAGGGAAAAGACUCCUCUCCCUGGGGAGGAAGCAGCAGCAGAACCACAAGAUGAACUGGCCAUGAGCCUUAUUGCCUGUCUCCCUGAGAUGGGACAAAGGUGUUUCUAAGAUUUGUUUUACUACUCAUUAUCCUGCUCUGGUUUUAAUUGGUAAUAAAAUUAGUUAAUUUCUCCAAGUCUA